AGGUGCUCCCCGCCCCUUCAUCUCGGCCUUGUUUAUGCCUUCUUCUGGGUACCCCGCCCAGUACACUCCCAGCAUGCUCAAGGAGAGAGUCUUUGCCACAUAGAAAGGGGAGAGCGGAGGUCCAGGGUUCGGGGAUGGUCGACCGUGAGGACAAUCAGGUCCCAAUGGACCCGCUGCCGGUCUCCCCCGAUCCGGAGAGCCCCACGCCGCUGCCACCCCUCGCCCCACUUCCUUGCGGCCCCUGCAUCCCCAUCAUGCUAGCCCUAGGCUCGGUGGCCGCCUUCUUCCUGCUGAGCACGGCCGUGCUGGCCGAACGUCUCUUCCGCCGCUCCCUGGUCCGCGAGGCCUCCGCCUCCUCCGCCGCCUCGGCCUCCUCCGCCGCCCCCGGUAGCACGCGCUCGGCCGGCUGGGUCUGGGGCCCGGGCGGCGAGCUGUGGAUCGAGCCCUCCAGGACUGCCCACCAGCGCUCGGAGGAUUGGUACGGGGCUGCCGUGCCCCUGCUCAGAAGCCAGGACCCUGGCCUCUCUGUCCCUGGGUCCCCCCUCACUCAGGCUUCUGCACCGCCGGCCCCCUGGACCAUCGAGGCCCGGGCGUCCACCCCGCCUCCCCCGGCCUCUCCCUUCAGCAGCCGCGCCCUGUCAGUGGAGCUGGGCCCCAGGCCUGGGGGGUCGCCCUCCCCGCCACCCCCUGCCCGGCCUCCCAGGCCUCCGGCCAGUACCUUCUGGAUGCCACCCCCCUGGGAGGAGAGGCCUCAGGAGGGGAGCCUGGUGAGCUGGGAAGAGCCAGGGGCCCCGGGGUCUGGAGGAGGCUGGGGUGGGCAGCCUGGCCCAUUCUGGGAGAGCCCCGGGCCCGGGAGCCUCGAGCCCGAGUGGGGUCUGCAGCCUCGGGUGACCCUGGAGCAGAUCUCGGCCUUCUGGAGACGGGAGGGGCGGGGAGUGGGACCUUGAACCCUGGAACUGGGAGAUGCCCCGACUCCCUCCACCCUCCCCUGGGACCUGGCCCUAGGGCCCCCCAACCCCACCAAGGCCUGGACCCCAGCCCAGUCCAAAGAUGGAGAGGAUUCACAGAGGAGCAGGACUUGGACCUGUUGAAGGUGGUGGCGAGCAGCACAGACCACUUGGGGAGGACAAGAGAAAGACCGUUCCCCCCAAAACCCAGGGCAAAAGCUCAUUACCCAUGGGGAUGACUGACUCAUCUGGGGCUGGAGCAAAGGAAGCCGUGGCCCAUGAACUCGCAUGUUGGGGGCAGGACGCCAGUCAGCAGCCUGGGCCUGGGCUAAGAAUCGGAUCGGGCUCCUGCCCUCGGGUGUUGCCUCCCCUCGGUUAUGGCCCCAGCCCAGGGCUGGCUUGUUGGGGGAGGGAGAGGAGUGGAGACCCAUUGUUCUAGCAAUAAAAGGAAAUGAGCCCAAGCUCAA